CAUGCGUAUUAAGCUUGUUGUUGGACUGGUUGUUAUUAUGACUGGACAAGGCCUCAGACUAAAUUAGGAGAGUAACCCCCGACGCUACCCGGGGAAACUUGCCAAUGGAGGGCAUGGACAUAGACCUGGACCCGGAGCUCAUGCAGAAAUUCAGCUGCAUGGGCACCACUGACAAGGAUGUCCUUAUAUCAGAGUUCCAACGGCUGCUUGGAUUCCAACUCAACCCGGCAGGAUGCGCCUUUUUCCUUGAUAUGACCAACUGGAAUCUACAGGCAGCGAUUGGUGCAUAUUAUGACUUUGAGAGUCCCAGCAUCAACACACCAUCUAUGUCCUUUGUGGAGGAUGUGACCAUUGGUGAGGGAGAGUCUGUUCCCCCCGACACACCGUUCACAAAGACCUGGAGGAUACAGAACACGGGUGCACAGGCCUGGCCACCUGGGGUAUGUCUCAAGUACAUUGGAGGGGACCAGUUUGGCCAUGUAAACAUGGUGAUGGUGCGCUCUCUAGAGCCCCAGGAGAUCUCUGACAUCAGUGUGCAGAUGCGCAGCCCCACAGCACCCGGGAUGUACCAGGGUCAGUGGAGGAUGUCCACAGCCACAGGACUGUUUUAUGGAGACGUGAUAUGGGUAAUCCUCAGUGUGGAGGUUGGGGGCCUGUUGGGUGUGACGCAGCAGCUGUCCUCCUUUGAAACGGAGUUCAACACCCAGCCGCACCGAAAUGUGGAGGGAGAUUUCAACCCUUUUGCCUCACCACAGAAGACCAAACACGAUGCUGGAGACAAUGACAACUUCAAAGACGCCGGAGUACCCUGGGAGGGCCCCCCAAAUGCCUUUCAGCAAGAACAAAACAGACUGUCUCAAAAUGCUGUAAAUAGAUCAUCAAAUGGUCUCCAAAAUAAUCUAUCAGUAGUGACUUACAGCCAGUCAUUUGGUAGGUGCCCUUAUCCAGAACAACUUACAGGUAUUCAUGGCGCCUAUCCGUUUGACCAAAGUUAAAGGAGACAGCGCACCAGGCCGGGUGGUGCUGAACAGACCUGGGCACACUGAUGCUGACCUGCAGGCGGGGGGCACCAGAGAGAGAAGGGACCUAUUUCAUACAGACUCUAGAAACUCUCUCAUUUGCCAAACCACCGAAACACAGGCUACAGUGAAAAGGAGGCGGCACCUGUCCCUUUGACUAACCCCCCGCCCCCCAUCAACAUUAACACCUUUGGGCCAAGAUCCGCAUGUGUGAGCGCUCCAUAGUGCUAUACAUCCUAAAACCACGUCAUACUACUACUAUUGUUUUUAUAUUAUUUGUAGCUGUCAACACCUCAUUGGGUAGGUACUGCUGGAUGACAUUUGCAAAGGGAUGGAUGUGUGUGUGAGCUUGAUCGAAUGAAAUGUGUGAGAGUGGAAUAAGCCAUCUAAAACUUCUGCCUGUUGAGUGAUUUUUGAAUCACUACAUACACUGGACAUUGUGUGUGCGCGUGAGUGCGUGCGUGCACAUGAAUGGAUUCCUUUAAAAAUGUACUUAACAUAAAACGGUUGUUACUACUUUGAUAAAGAUGUUGUGGUGACUUAUGGAAAACACUCAUUCUAAAAUGUAAGAAAUAUUGGUACAGCCCUGUGAAUGAAUUGCUUUGUAAAUAAUCCUUUGCUGUACUCAUCACAGGUAUGUAUCAUUCAGUGGUAACACUGGUUCUCUAGAGCCAGCAGGUGGUGCUAUUAAUUAAAAGACCAAACCGAACUCUCUCUGACAGAUAACAUCAUUGCAAAAUAUACUUCACUUUUCCUAAUUUGGGUGAUGUAUCAACAUCAGCACAGUUAUUUGGUUUGUGCUGUUUUCCAGAUGCCCCUUAGAGACGUUUACAUGUUGUGGUUUGAUUUACUUUCUGAAUGCUAUCUGAAUCUAGAGCUUAUUUUCUUUUGUCAUUGGACAAUAUGUAUUCAUCUUACAAACAUGUACAGCACAUUUACUCCCGUUUCAAUUCUCAAAUAAAAUUUAUUGGAUACAUUCACUCAAAAGGACAAAGAUUCAAAAAUGGAAUUAUUUGUACUCUGCAUAAAAGUCGAUAUUCCAACCAAUUAUGUUAAUGGUUGUUUACAAAUACAUGGUAUCAUUCAGCUGAGUUCAAAUGAUGUUAUGCAAUCUGUUUGCAAUUAAGAAUGUUGUUUUAAACUAUAUUUAAAUAAAAUUACAAAAUUGAA